GUGCUGUCCAGCCACUGAGUCCUGGCCCUCCUGGUUGGGUUCGAGAUCGAAUAUUAGUUCAUCUGGAUCAGAAGCUCUCAUGCAUUCCAGGCCUUUGGCAGUGUAGCAUUCCCUGUCUUCUGCUGUGGCUGGAAGCAUUGAAAAGAAUCUGGGUGGUUGAAAUCUUACCAUCACCUGUGCUUGUUUGUACUGGAGACAUACUCAGGAGAGGUAGCAUAAUAUCUCCCCUGACUCUGCAGUUUAACUCUGAAGCUGAGUGAAUUUCUGACUAAGACAUGCAGUAGUGAAUGCAGAAACCUUACUUUAAAAUCUCACGAGAGGUGUACUAUUUGCUUCUCACUACUAUAAGAAAAGUGUUGUUUUUAAAGUAGACCCUGAGUGUGAUUGAAUCUUCAGUGGAAAAUCAAGUGAGGAAGAGAAAGGCUCAGUAAAAGAAACUCCUGGUAAACCUCUGAACUUUUAGGGACAGUCUACUCAAACUACAUCUUCUGUAACAUAAACCUGAGAUCAAUGAGUGUUUUCUCUACAAGGUUGUUCUUCAAGAAGAGUACAGGGAAGAAUACAUUUUCUUCUUGCCACAAAAGUUCCAGUAGAAGUAGUGUUGGUGCUGCCAGGAUAUGUCUGUUUCCAUAAAACAAGCAGAACAAAUUCCAUGAAUCAAAGCCACUAAGUAUAGUUUUCAGAGAUGCCUGAAGGUUUGAACAGGCCAAUGAGUAUUGUCAUCAUCGAGGCAUUUUAUGGAGGCUCCCAUCGACAGCUGGUAGAGCUGCUCCAAGAAGAAUUAGAUGACUGUGUGUUGUACACUCUUCCUGCAAAGAAAUGGCACUGGAGAGCACGGACAGCAGCCUUAUACUUCUCACAGAAUAUUCCCAGCAGUGAGCACUACAGGACCCUCUUUGCAAGCUCUGUACUCAACCUGACUGAACUGGCUGCCCUUCGGCCUGAUCUGGGAAAACUGAAAAAGAUCUUGUACUUUCAUGAAAACCAGUUGGUAUAUCCUGUCAAGAAAUAUCAGGAGAGAGAUUUUCAAUAUGGAUACAACCAAAUUCUCUCGUGUUUGGUGGCUGAUGUUGUGGUAUUCAAUUCCAGUUUUAAUAUGGAAUCAUUUCUUACUUCUAUUGGAAAAUUCCUGAAGCUGAUUCCUGAUCACAGGCCUAAGGAUCUGGAAAGCAUUAUCAGACCCAAGUGUCAAGUUAUUUAUUUUCCCAUCAGAUUUCCUGAUGUGAGCAGAUUCAUGCCCAAGCACAAAAUAGCCCACUUAAGGAGGAUGCUCAGCCUUAUUGGAAAUGAUGCUGCAGCUCUGUCUGUGACGCUUUGUCCCCAGCCAGAGCAGAGGGUUUCUAAGAAGUUACUGGAGAACUGUGAAUCAAAGUCUGAUGAACACCCCGACCUCGAUGCUGAACAAGAAACCCUGGACAACCCAUCAAUCCAUAAAUCAGGCUCUCUUCCUGUGAGUAAAGAAAACCUGCCUCUUGAUCCCAGCACCCUUCUGUGUGGAGCUGAAGAUCAGCAAAGACCGCUGCACAUUACAUGGCCGCACAGGUGGGAGCAUGACAAAGAUCCAGAGACGUUUUUAAAGAUAUUAAUGAAUCUAAAGGAGUUAAAGUUCAACUUCCAUGUCUCUGUCCUCGGAGAAACUUUUACAGACAGACCAGAUAUAUUUUCAGAAGCCAAAAAGGCACUGGGCUCUUCAGUCUUGCACUGGGGCUACUUACCCCGUAAGGAAGACUAUUUCCGCGUACUGUGCAUGGCUGACGUUGUCAUCUCAACAGCCAAGCAUGAAUUCUUUGGAGUAGCAAUGUUGGAAGCUGUGUACUGUGGCUGCUACCCACUCUGUCCCAAAGACUUGGUUUAUCCUGAAAUCUUUCCAGCUGAGUAUCUGUAUUCCACACCUGAACAGCUUUCAAAAAGGCUCAAGAGUUUCUGCAAGAGGCCAGAUAUUGUAAGAAAACAUCUUUAUAAGGGUGAAGUGGCUCCAUUUUCUUGGGCAGCCCUACAUGGUAAAUUCAGGUCUCUGCUCACAACAGAACCCAGGGAAGAUUUGUGACAGAUGGGGCUAAGUCGCAAACUUGCAGCCUAAGGCAGAAUCUGAAGAACUUUCCAGAGUGUGCCCAUAUUUACCUGAUCAGAGAGAAAAGAAAAUCUGCAGAGGAAGCCGAGCCUGGCUGCUUGUCAUAGCUGACACAGAGCCAUCUGCCACAAACCUGUGGCGGCUUCAGAUCUCCAAUCCCUGCCACCACCCCAACUCAAAUUAAAUACAGAUUCCUAGAGACGUUAUGAUGGUUACACAUGUCCUCGGCAUCACAUGUAGGAGACUGUUCAAAAAAAAAUCUGUGGCCUGUUGUAUAACCGCACUCAUGUAUCCCAUAUGUGGUGCCACAUUGAAUUUCCGGUUGAAUCCGUUUUUAUCCUUUGUACUGGAUGACAUGGUGCCUGAAUUCUUUCUUUCUGCCGACACGAUGGCAGCCAAACUGCAGCUUCAAACACUCACACUUGGCUGAGUUUCUACCUGGGUUGCCAGGUUAUCAUCGGAGCCUUCUUGUGUCCUCAAAGGGCCACGGGGCCUAGAAAGAGGAUCAGAAUGCUACUGAACUAAUUGGGCAGCCAUCUCAAAGCUGCUGUAGGCAAAGGGCUGCUUUAGCACUUUUCUUUUAGCAAAUUAAUGACUCUCUGGCAAAGGAGUUUUUAAGUGAAGGUAUUAAUAAGGGGUCUGGCAGGUAUUCCCAUGAUUCACAGAGUUUCAUUUGCAUUUAAUUAAUCUUAAAGAAACUUGCAAGAUAAACAGCUGUAAUUCGGACAAACAUGGCAGACUCAGUGAGUGAAGUCCUCUCAUCCAUAAAAUGAACACGAGAUACUUGUUUUAAAAUUUGUUCCCUGUGGGUAAAAAUAGAAAAAUCAGAAUGCUUAUAACAAAACAUAAUUUGGUAUAAAAUUCUUCAAAAAUACUUGCAUCCAACUAUAGAUAUAUUCUUCUUGAAAUAAGUCACUUAUGAUUCUUGCUCUGUUUGUUGGUGUAAAGAUGUUUUAAAUGGCUGGAUUGUAAAAUACAUUUUUAAUAAACUGCCCGCUGCAAUUUUAAUUAGCAUA